UGGAUGACUGCAAUACAAUAAAAGAAGAUCGUCUGUUUUGCUGUUGAAUUUGAGACGUUGCUCCCUUCCAUUCUCAUUAAACAGAGACCUCUAGCGGGCACUACGUAUUCGACCAUAAUCCCGCUAAAAUCAUGGCUGCACCGAACCAACAUGGUCUGUAUCCAACUGUCCCGCAUUCUGGUCGAGAUAUGGAUAUUUCAAAUGGGAAUGCUGAUGGAAUAAAUGAAGCACAAGUUGACCUUUUGAGAGGCACCGAGAAGUACCAGGGCAACGCUCAGCCCAGUGAUAAACCGGGGAAGUGGGGCGUGGCAUGGUACAAGCAGCAGGAAUACCCCGAAAACAACCUAGAGCAAGAGAAUCCCAAUGAACAACUGGUCCAGGAUGUUUCCAGUACCGCGGUGCUCACCCCACUGGACGAUGACCUGGUUGGAAACAUCGAGGACCCCGGCGACCGGGGCAACUGGACGGGACGGUUUGACUUUCUCAUGUCCCUCCUCGGCUACUCCGUCGGGCUGGGCAACGUGUGGCGCUUCCCCUACCUGUGCUACAAAAACGGCGGCGGGGCCUUUCUCUUUCCCUUCAUUAUCAUGUUGUUUCUCAUUGGAAUGCCCAUGAUGUUCAUGGAACUCGCGUUUGGACAGUUUGCCGCACUGGGUCCCGCGGCGAUAUUCGAACGGAUAUGUCCGUUGUUUUACGGUCUUGGGUACGGUAUGAUCGCGGUAUCGGCUCUCGUAUCGCUCUACUAUACGGUGAUCAUUGCCUGGGCCAUCCUCUACAUGUUCACAUCCUUCACCUCAGAGCUUCCAUGGCAACGCUGCCACAAACCCUGGGCAACGAAAAACUGUUACUCCUACCAAGAUGCCGAUGAGUGUCAGAGUGUGAACGGGUCGUUCUACUUCAAGACGGUGUGCUAUAAUGCCUCGAUGGUCGUGGAAAAUAACAUGACGGCCAUCACCCACAGCCAGGUGGAUCGCCACGCUCCAGCUCAGGACUUCUUCGAACGACACAUCCUAACGAUAACGGAAGGGAUCCAUGAGAUUGGCACAGUGAAAUGGCAAAUUGCACUCUGUCUUCUGUUUGCGUGGUCGCUCACGUUCUUGGCUCUUAGCCGAGGCGUCAAGUCUGUCGGAAAGGUUGUGUACUUUACAGCUUUAUUUCCAUACUUUGUAUUAACCAUUCUCUUCUUCCGUGGAGUCACGCUACCUGGGGCGAUCAAUGGAAUUAUUUUUUACGUGACACCAGAUUUUAAAAAGCUUGCCACUGCCCAGACAUGGGUUGACGCAGCAGUGCAAAUUUUCUUUGCUCUAAGUCCAGCUUGGGGCGGCUUGAUAACGCUGUCCAGUUAUAACAAGUUUCACAACAACUGUUUCAAGGACUCAUUAAUUGUGUCUAUUGGAAACAUAUGCACGAGUAUAUUUGCUGGAUUCGUUAUCUUUUCUAUAGUCGGGUAUUUGGCCUAUGAACUGGACAUGCCAGUGGACAAGGUGGUAGAGCAAGGUCCCGGAUUGGCGUUCAUCGUGUUUCCAGACGUGGUGACGAGACUCCCCAUACCACCUAUUUGGUCUUUCCUCUUCUUCUUCAUGCUCAUCACACUGGGCAUGGGCAGUGAGUUUGCAUUGCUGGAGACCGUGAUGACCGCCAUCCAGGAUACUUACCCACCUUUCCGACAGAAAAAGACGUGGGUUGUACUUGUCGUCAGCAUUCUCGGGUUUUUUGGCGGUCUCGUUAUCUGUACUGAGGGAGGGAUGUACGUCCUUCAGUUGAUGGAUACGUAUGCCGCCAGUUGGUCCGUGUUUUUCAUGGCCAUUCUGGAGUGUGUUAUUAUUGGAUGGAUUUAUGGUGCCGACCGGUUCCUUAAUGAUAUUGAACAGAUGAUAGGGGUGAGAGGUCGACACUGGAAAAACUUUUUCAAGGCUUUCUGGAAAUACCUCACUCCAGGAACACUAUUGUUUCUUCUGUUCUUCAACUGGAUUGAAUACAAACCAAUGUCGUACGCUGGCCGCAAGUACCCAUUCUGGGCCAACAUCAUCGGCUGGGUGAUGGCAUUUAUUCCAAUCAUCGCCAUUCUCAGCAUGAGUGCAUUGAAACUAAGACAAGCUCCUAGUGGACUCAGUCUUAUCGAGAAAAUCCGGCAUAUGUUGAAACCAUCGGCAAGCUGGGGUCCAGCUCAUAAAAUACCCAAGUUCGAUAUCACCGAUGUGGACAAUGGAAAGGUCGAUGCUAGGACCAUAACGAACCCAGGAUUUAAUGGAAACGGUCCCUUCGAGACAAAAAUAUGAAAGUAAUUUUAGGUGGUUCUCUCUCCUUUUUUUCUUUUUUUUCUAGAUCAGGCAGUUGUCAAUUUUCCAAAAGCAUGUUCUUGCAAGCUGGGCAAGAGGUUUACGAAACUUUCAUAUCAGCACUGUGUGGUAGCAGUUGUUUGUUUUUCGCGUUCGAUCAGGAUUUAAUUCGUCACACUCGUUGCCAUUUUUGUUUGACUGUUAAGGAAGAUAACUCUUGCUUAAUCUUUCCUCGUGGAACAGCUUUUGUGUUGAUUGUUAUCAACACAAUGUAUCUGAGGCAGGACCUCCCGAUUCCAUCGGUUCUAUUCUCAGACAAUCAGGAAAGUGAGAAACUUGUCCAUGUCCAGUCUAUCAAGAAGUACAUUACAAGAGUGAAGUAAAACAAGAAAAGGAAAAGCAAGCGUAGGUCGGCACAUUUAACCCUUAAAGCUGGCCGUAAUUUCUUUCUACCAUUUAUAACUACAUGUCAUUCUGCACACAAAUGUAUCUUGGUUUUUAACCCUAAUCUCAGCUAUAGGGCAUUUUUUUAUUUUUUUUUUAUUUUUUUAUUUAGCAUACAAUUAAUCAAGAAAGCAUUUAAAUAGUAAUGUGGAACAGGAACAGUUGUUAAGCUUAAUGUAUCAAAGACUGACAGCAAAAAAUGGUUGUCUUUUUUGUUUGUUGCAAUAAUGAGUAAUCGUCUUUCACAUUUGUUACAUUUUUUUAAAUAUUGCUGUUAAUGGAAGGAAUUCAAGGCUAUAUAUUUUUUAAACUUUAUAAAACUUUGGACCUAGUCAAUUCUGGUAUUUAGCCUUUGAUAUAUGAUGUACAUUUUAUAUCUUUAACUUAAAUAGGGAUUAAAAAUCCAGUGAUUUUUUUUUGCGUGUGCAAAAUAAACAUACAUGUUUUAGAUGGAAAGUCUCCAACCUCGCUGCAUUAAUGUCAUAUAAUUAUCACUGAAGUGUGUGAAGUCGGCAACAGUUUAUCUUAGCAUUCAUGUACCUUUUUCAACCUAGCAGUAUGAGACUGAAUUUAUCAACAUCUUAUGUUACUGUGCCUGACAAAUAUUUGUUUUAUUUAAAAAUGUAAUAACACACGUUUGCUUGACGAGUCAUGUUGCCAUUGUUCCGAUGAGUUUGAUCUAGUAAGGCUGGAAAAUUGCAUUGUUGUUAUGGAGAGUGGUUGGACGAUUGGUUUUCAGAUCUACCAAAGAAAAGGCUGGACAAGAAGAAAUGAAUGCAACUUUAAAUCGGUAUAUGUAUCUGUACAUAACUGUUCCUUUAAGAUGUCUGGACAAAAAGAAUAAAUGAACGCAGGUUUGAAUUGAUACAUGUAUCUAUAUAUAACUGUUCCUUUAAGGCGUCGGCAUCAGCAGAUUUGGAAUAUGUACUUUUCUGGCCUGCAGAAUUGUUGAUUGGAGAAAAAACCCAAAGAGAACUGAUAUGACAUUGCAUCAAGAUACGUAUCUUGUACAUACGGUUUUGUGUAAAACUCUGGAAUAUGUCUGUGUAUUUUCUAACCUGCUGAAAAGUAGGUUGAAAAGUUUAGAACUGAUUUGAUGCAAUUUUGCUUCAAGGUGUGUAUCGAGGUGUGUAUCUGUACAAUACGGUUUGUGUAAAAGCCUUGGGAACACAUCUGGAUAUAUUCCAACCUUCUGAACAAAAAGACUGAUUACUGUAUCUCGCGGUUUUGCAUAAAGUUAUGUACAUGUUUCUGUAAACCAUUGAUGGCCUAGGAAUGUACGUGGACCCAUCAUUCUGACUUGUUAAGGAACUGGAGAAGACUGGAUGCUGAAUUAAUGCAGCUUCGCGUUAAUAUAUGUAUAUUUAUAUUAUGUAAGACUUGUUCAUAGCUUUGGAUUACGCCUGAACAUAUAUAUUUUUUGUUCCUAUCUGGAAGUUUGUUCAUAGAAGCAAGACCGGUGAAUUUUACAUAUCAACAUACUUGUCGUAGGUGUUUCGACUGUUGUUAACAAUCUGGUCAUUGCAUCUAAAUUCAAAAGAUUUAUAUUCGAAAAAAAGAUUUCAACUUUACCAUCAUCAUUAUUAACAUUCAGGUUUGAUGUGUGGGGUUUAACCAUUGUUGUUUUGUUUCCGUUUUGUUUUGUUUGUUGUUUUUCUUAUCCUACGAACACUUGUGACUUGUUUAUAUUGCAUAAUGCAUUUUACAGAAACCAAGUUGCCGUUACAAAUAUAGAAAACGUAAACUUAGAUCCAAAUAUAGAAAACGUAAACAUAGAUCCAAAAUGCAAUUUAAACCCAUUUGUGGCAAUUGUCAUAUUAGAUGACCUAAUGUUGUUGCUGAUUAAACAAUGUACUGAGGUGUUUUUUUAAAAUACAUAUGCAUUUCAUUUUGUAAAUAUAAAAUGAAAAAAAAGAAAGAACAUGUAACUGUUUGGAAUAUCGACAGUAAAUCCUCAGCAUAUGAUGUGCACCAGAGUCCGUGCCCAUGUUGCCUAGGUAACCCAAUUACGUCGGGUCGGGUCGGGUCGGGUUAGGUUAAUCUUUGAUCCCAUGCAUACAUCUACGUAAAGUUCACACAUGACCACCACAGAUUCAGUUUGUAAGAUUGCAAACUACUACAUCUUUGUAGAGGAUCAUGAUAUCGGUCUGCGUGUUUAUGUAAUACUGCUGCAUAAUUGGUUUGCUAAUUAAAGUAAAUUUGUAUUUAAAAACAAAAACAAAAAACCCACUUUUUUUUCACUGAAAUUUCUUACACUUUUAUUUUAUUUUUACUCAUUAAAAGUCAUUGACCGUAGUUUCUGGGGUAUAUUUUUUUUCUGUUUUGUAUAAAAUGUUACUAUAGACAUCAAGAUAACCUAAAAGUGAUUAGAUUUGCCAAAAUUAAUAAUUUAAGCAAGACAUUGUAAGUUGUACUAUGUACCAGAAAAAAUAGCUGUCAUAGCCAAAAAAUAUUUUACAAUGCCUAGAGCUACGUUUCUGUAUGUAUGCUUUUCCUGUCUGUUUUACAUCAAUCUGUGAAUGAGCAAAAUAAUGUGUGUGCCAUGUCUGUUUCAAUGCGAACCGUGCAUGAACAAUGUAUGUGAAUUUGGAAUCGCUUUUCAAGUGAUUUAUUCAUGGAUACACUGAUGACAGAUGUGUGAUAUUUCACAAGAAAUGACGUCAUAUUAUGGAAGAAAGAAUCAUUGUCAAUAUGUGCAAGAAGCCUUAAACUGACUGAUGGUCUUCACUGUAUCCUUUUGAAAUUAAUAUUCUGUCAGUGUGCAUUUAUGGAUGGCUAUAUAUGUGCACAGAUAUUGCGAUUCAUAUACUAGUAUUCAAAGAUCCGUGCAAUAUGAACACGGACAAUGUGCAUAUGGCGACGUAGCUUAAUACACGGAAUUAGGGUCAGUGACUUUAAUUAAUAAUUAUAAUUUUGAAAUUAAACUGACCCAUCCCACUCUGAAGUAGAACGCGAUGGCAAACUGGAUUUUUUUUUUUUUUUUUUUAUAAUUUAAUUUUAAGGAGGGUUUCACUGCAGUGUUUUAUAAAAUGUCAAAGUAAAUGUACCCAUGCUGGCAAAUAGAAAUAUUAUAAGCUACAUGUAUUGAAGUCAAAUUUGGGCAUAAUGAUUUUAAGUUUUUGUCUUAUAAAUAUAAUAUUUUUAGAGUGGAUAAGUGAGAGGUCCAUGGCAGGUUUUUUUUUCUACCUUUUGAAAAAAAACCCCAAAACAUGUGCAGUAAAUGUGUUAUAUAUUUUCAAUAUUGUCCUUAUAAAUGCAUGCUAGGACUUCAGUGAUAAAACAAAUUACAUUUUGUUAGCUUUUUAGCCUGAAUAAAAUAUAUAAUGCAUUUAUGUUUGACAAUGACAUUAAGAUUGAUGCACAAAAUACUCCAAAAACAUUAUUGAUCCAGAAUUCAAAAUGCUAGAUUAUAAUGUUGAUAAUUAUUAACAACACUACACGGACUGACAAAAGAAAUUUUACAACCUUUGUAAAUAAUAGUUUAAAACUUUAACAAAAAUAUGCAAAACAUAAAUUCCUUAAAAAGAUAAUACAUGGAAGUAAAAAAAAUAAAAAUACUAACAGUAAAAGUAGUCUGGGUACAAGUUAUUCAGCUUUUUAAAGGGACACGCCCUAGUUACGGCUAGUUGUUAACCAUUAUGGCAUUGUUUUUCGCUAUUAAACCCAUUUUUUCACAAAUAAAAUUGCACUUUACUUAC